AUGACUCUUCGAUUUGUUUCUGCUUUUGUCCCUCGUACAGGUUCAACUGACGGAUGGAGUUGGAAGGCAACAACCGAUGGCAACUUCACAACAAAGUCGGCAUAUGAAUUGUUGGAGGCAACCAGAGAGGAGCAACAGGUCCAACCGUUAGAGAUGGCUAAAGUGUGGGAAGCCCCAACGUCACAUAAAGCCAAGGUGACAGCGUGGAGAUGUCUUAGAAACCGCUUGGCAACCUGCGACAAUUUGAGAAGAAGAAAUAUUCAGAUCAGUUGGGAGGAGAGAUGGUGCAACGCCUGCGUUGCUGGAAAGGAGACGACUGAGCAUUUGAUCCUUCACUGCCCGAAAGCUUCGGUGGUCUGGGACCAAAUUUUUCAAUGGUUACACAUCAAAACAGCAAAUCCUAGAGGUAUUCUUCAACACUUCACUUCAUUCAUUUCUGCUGCCAAGAUAAAGAAAGGAAGGAGAUUGCUCAUUGCGUUGUGGGUGGGAAUUGUUUGGAUGCUUUGGGAGAACAGAAACGAGAGUCGAUUUCAGGGUAAGGUUUGGGAUAUUGAUAGAUGUGUUUUACAGAUUAAGGGUAGACUUUGGAGUUGGAAUGAGGCUUACAAAAUUUUGGAGUUGGGUAUCCCUUUCACCUUGUGGUGCUCAAAGGGAUUUAAUCUUUCUUUUCUGUUUUGA